AUGGAGGGCACUUCUGUGGACCCUGUGGAACUUGAAUCUGAGUCCUGCUUCAGGCCUGAACAGGAUCAAAACAUGGGCUCAGAGGCUGAGCAAGAACAGAAAGUGCUGAUUCAGGACAAAACUGAGGAGGAGGACGAUGAGGAGGAGGAUGAUGAGGAGGAAGGAGGAAAUUCCAGGAUGGAGGCAGAGACCAAGAUCUGUGAGGAAUCUGACACGGACUGGAUGGAGGAGAGAUUCCGCAUUGACAGGAAGAAACUGGAGACCAUGCUUUAUGGUCCUUCCGAUGGAACAGGCCUGACAGGGGAGGAGUUCUUUGAAAAGGUAAUGAGGGAAACUAACACUCAGGUGAAAUGGCCAUCAAAACUGAAGAUCGGAGCCAAGUCAAAGAAAGAUCCACAUGUAAAAGUAGAAGGAAAGAGAGAUGACGUCCUGGAGGCCAAACGGAAAAUUCUGGAACUUUUAGAGACCAAAGUUAAUAAAGUCACUCUGAAGAUGGAUGUCACUCAUACUGAGCAUUCCCACGUGAUCGGUAAAGGCGGAGGAAAUAUCAAAAAAGUCAUGGAGGAAACUUCCUGUCACAUUCACUUCCCUGACUCAAACCGCCACAGUGUGAACGGAGAGAAAAGCAACCAGGUGUCAAUAGCUGGACCAGUGCAGGGUGUGGAAUCAGCUAGAAGACACAUCAGAGAUCUGCAACCUCUGGCUUUGACCUUUGACCUGCCUCUGACCCUGGUGGGCGGGGUUGUUACAGAUGCGAGCUCACCGGUGAUUCAGCAUGUAGCACAGGCGUUUGGAGUGAGUGUGACUUUCAGAACGCAACCCAAACUGUACUGUUCCACCUGCGUGGUGCGAGGCCUGCAGGGAAAUUCUGCUUCUGUGAAGAAAGCUACAUGUCUCCUCAUGGAGCUGCUCCUAGGUCAGGAAGCGGCAGCCGUUGCCGGGGUAACGGGCGUCAUGGUGAGCACUCAGCUGGAUGUGACGUCUCAGCAGCACCUCUUCCUGUUGGGCCAGAACGGAGCCAACUUCCUCAACGUCAUGCACCAAACACACACACAGAUCGUACUGCCGGACCUCACCGCCCCACAGCACACACCCUCCCUACUCAUCCAGGGCACCGCUGAUGGAGUGUGUCUUGCAAGACAACAGCUCAUGGAGUGCCUGCCGGUGUGUCUGAUGUUUGAGAUGAAGGAUGAGGGUGAAUCAGACCCUCGCAAACUCGCACAGAUGAUGCAGAGUCUUGGGGUGUUUAUCAGCGUCAAACCAAAGGCCAAACAAGCUGCUAAGUCUGUGGUGGUAAAGGGUUUGGAGAGGAACAUAGCAAAUCUGUAUGAAGCCAGAAGACUCCUGCUGGGCCUUGACUCCUGUGAGGUGUCCGUGGCAACAAAGACCUCAUGUGAGGUGUCUAUAGUACCAAAGCCUGCAAUGGAUUCCCUGCUGGUCAAUGGUGGAAUGACAAACUACUGGCUCAACAUGCUAAUGCAGCAGCUGCAUGUCACCGAAACAGGCACUGUCAACACACCAGAUUCUAUUUCUAACCCUGUGCCUGUGAAGCCACGCCCCUCUCCGCCACCUGGACUGACUGCUCUUGCAGAAGAGAGCCGCAUGGGACUGAGAGGAACAGACACUAAAUUAGAGAAGAUCCCGGAGAACGAGGAUCAGUCGACGAAUCUAGUAAGUGAGCACUCAGGAAAGCCGGCUCUAGAGGUCACUGAGGUCAAAGAGAUCACUCUAAAGACUGCAGGACCAGUCAGGAGAAACAGUCAUUCAGAUGCAAUGAGGUCUGUAAGGAUGGAGGUGGAUGGUGUGCAUUUUAACAGAGACAGACGCUGUAGUCUUAGGAUAUUUCCAUCUCAUGAGUCCUACUCAAAUAAUGAGAAACAAGAGUAUGAGAGAAAGAAACUUCUAGCAAAUCAAGCCAUGCAGAAAAAGCCGGUAGUGACGGAGGUUCGGACCCCCACUGACACAUGGAGUGGUCUGGGUUUCUCCAAGUCGAUGCCUGCUGAGGCUGUUAAGGAGCUGCGCAGCGUGAGUCGACGCUGCUACAGAUCCUACCUCAAUAAUCAACAGUCAUGGAGCUCUCAGAGUAACAAGGACAGAGUGUGUAAUGGCAGCGAUUCAGAGAACUGGCGAGAGAGACGAGGGUCUGCAUCGUCAACAUCUGUGCCCUCCUGCUCUUCAUCUCCGCCCACCUCCUCCACCUCCUCCUCAUCGUCAUCAUCAGGCAUGAUGGUCUAUAGUUGUUGUUCAGGACGCACCAACACAGAAAAAACAUCUGAUGGAUUCAGUGGUAACAGCUACUAUGAAGGUAUAUCCAGACCACUGAUUGGUGGAUCUCCAAGUCCUCCUCCUCAGCCCAUAGAUGAUUUGCUGGAGCUACUGAUUCAGCUGGGCAUGGAGAAAUAUACCACUGUCUUCCAGGAGCAAGAGAUUGAUUACCAGACGUUCCUCACUCUUUCUGAAGAGGAUCUGAAGGAAGUGGGUGUAUCCACAUUCGGGGCCAGGAGGAAGAUGCUAAUGGCUAUUUCGGAGCUGAAUAAAAAUAAGAUGAAAGUCCUUGAGGCUCCUGCAGUUAAAUCUGGUUAUCUAGAGGGUGGAGCCAGUGGUCGCCUUCCACGAAUUAUGGACGAGGACGUGGCUGCUCAGAGUAACCGCUGGUGAAAAAAAUGGGACUGGCAGUAAACUGGACUGUGUUAUCGACACUACAGUGAUGUAGAGGCUGUGCUUCCUGACUAGUGACGUGUCAGACCGUCAGUGUGACCGAUAAAUGAGAAUUAAAUAAAAGACUGGCUAUUAAGAUUGAUUACAGAUGGGCAACAGAGUGGACAGAUGUGAUAUAACUCUCAGAGGACAUGUGCGAGAAGAACUGACCUUCACUCUGGAUUGACUGUCCUGCAACUGCCAAUGUUUAAUAUGCAAACACUUAUGGCCUUGUCUUUCUUUUCUUGUCCUUUUACUUUUUUCUUGUAAUUCUGCCUGGUCUUUUCUUUCUGUGCUCUGUAAUCAUUUAUGUGCAUUACCAUGAACCACUGUGCAAAUAAAAGAAUGUAUUGUGAACAUUA